AUGCCUUUGCUAAAUCGAGGCCCGUUCAUUCCAGUUGAUGUUCCCGAAAAUCUACAGGACGAUGAGAAGGUCUACUUUUGCGAUGUUACUGGGGAGAUAUUCAGGUCGUUCGAAGCGUUCUCCGGCCGCAAAAUUCAACUGGACACUGAAGUCUGGAGCUGCGAAGUGACCGGCAAGAGCAACAUUACCUACGAUGAAGCAGUGCAGUCUGAACGGGAGGCCAAGGCAGCCGUCAAGAAGGUCGACAAGAGACUGACAAGAGCGAUUUUGUUCUUGGCAAACAAAGCAAAAGGACGGACUGUGCUACAGAAACUCGCUCAUGAAAUAAUGACCGCAAUCAAAGAUAUCUACGUUCUUGGCGAGAAAAUAAAGCACCAAAACAAAAAGUUCCAAGUCGAAGACAUGAAAUACGUCGGACUGGAGAAGGAAAACAUGAGCCCUGGUGGCCUAUCAAAGUUUGUCUACACCCUGGAAGAGUCGACCGAGCGCAGGAAGAAAAAAGUAGAGGGGGAAGAAGUCAAGGAGUCUCCGAAAAAGCAGAUCACUGUGAAAGCAAAGGACAUUAAGCAAGGAUCGCGUAAUCUCUCGAAGCCUCUUCUUUGCUAUAUUCUCAAGAUGCACACAUUCCAGUGCGACGAAGAUAGAUCUUACGCUCUUUUGCCAAAUAGCGUGAAAAAUUACAGAAUAGAACAGACAAAAUGGAGCGAAAUCUUCAACGGGCCAGAGCCGAAAUUCGAGAAGAUGGAGCCGAAGAAAGUAGCGCCAAAAAAAGUACUCAACAACAAGAUGAUGCAAAACAUGAUGAUGAAGAGGAUGGAGGAAGAAGAACGGCAGCGACGAGAGAAGAUUGACCAAGCCGCUAGCCAAGAGCAACGCCUGGCAGAGGCUAAGAAAGCGCUCGCACAGGCGAAGAGAGAGUGGAAAAUGAUCCGAACUGACGAGACUCUAGACGAUCUGAGUCAACACAAACUCCCGUCGCCACUGAAAAUUGAAACGCCACUGCCAGCUCAAUUCAUGGCCGACGCACUGACCCUUUGCGAAUUCCUGCGCACUUUCCACGGCGCACUUGACUCCGUCGAGUGGGAAACGAAGAUGAGCAAGUUCUCUUUGGAAGAUGCGUUCAAAAUGCUCACAGAAACUAAAACCGAUGGCGUCUUCUGCGAUGUUUUAAUUUACCUGCUCGGCUCUUUGCAAAAUAGCACGAAAAAAGAGGAAGAAGAAUCGGAAUCGAAGGCGAACCCCAUUUGCCGCCAGUCGGACUCUCCGUUUCUGGAUGACAAUGUUGCUACCACAGUAGUAAACGAGGCGUGGCCCAUCGGUUCCAAAUUUAAUGCCGAUGAAGUGAUAGACUCUUGCACUGAAGUCGCAAUUUUCUACGCGAAGGCUCUUGGGGAUUACCCUGUCAAAUACACCAUCGACGAAACUACCGUCACUGAAGUUUUGCGCUUGAUCCUGCUCUCCGGCGGAGCCAAUCCCAGCAAUGACAUCGAUAGUAACAGAAUGAAGUAUCGCGGUGGAUAUCAGACAACAGAUAGCACAUUCCUCAAUGCACUUCGCCGCGAUGAGCACAUUGAUUUGCUGAAAAAGCUGGAAACUGAGUCAGUUUUCACCUUAGCUCCGGAAGAAAGAUUACGGCUCGUCAUGCUCCUGACAGACGUUCUGAUUGUUGAAGGUGAGAUCAGAUACCACCAAGACGAGAUGGACGAGAAAAUCCUCGAAAUAACGGAAGAAAUAAAAGAAAUUAGAAAAAACGCGAAAGAGGAAAAGGUUCGAUUAGGUCAAGAACUACACAAAAUAAGAAUCGAUCUGAUGGAAAUGAAGAAAGCGAAUCCCAAUCCAAACUCAGUAGCUCUCCGAAAAAUCGAAGACUUGCAAACGAGCAUAGCCGAAAAAGAGUCUCUCGCUGCCAGCAACGAGCAAGAGACUGAAGCAAGUAUCGACGAUGCCAAUGCAAGAAUUCAAACAAUCACUCUAGCAUUCCGCCCAAUCUAUCUUGGCUCUGAUAGAUUUCAUCGUCGCUACAUGAUCUCAUCAGCUUCGCCCGGACUGAUUGUAGAAGUGCCCAACAGAAACGAAAUACCUCUUCCGGCGAAUGCUGACAGCUGGGAAAACUACAAAGUUCCGGAAUUUCAGAAACAACCAAAGCUUUCCGACUUCAUGGAGAAUACGAAAGGCCGCACCGCUCCUUCAGCUCCUGCUGAUGAAGUAAUGGAAGUCGAGACACAAGAAAUACUCCAAUCAGAAAAUGCGAAAGCUUGGACAGAAAGUGCGCUCCACGAGCCUGGCUUUUAUAUUUACGACGAAGAAGCAACGAUCCGCGUUCUUUACGAAGGCCUCAACGAACGAGGCGAGCGCGAAAAGACUUUGAAAGAAAGAAUCCAAAGACAUUUCUUCCUACUUACACGAGACAUUGACAAAGCAGGCCCUGGUUUCUAUAAAAAUGGAAAACUGCUUCAGUUUACUGAACCAGAGCCUGAUGAAAAGCACGACGUUUUCGAUAAAGAAAUACUUCUUGCACGUGAUUUCAUUCUUGAGCUCGAAGAACGAAUAUUCAAGGCUGACUUUGGCGAUCUAGAGUCGGCCGAAGAGGAGCGCGAAGCUCUCCGCGAAUUCUGGCUUGAUCGCAAACAGAUUCGUUCCCGUGAUUACAGGAAGGCUCUUCUCGAAAAAGACGAAAACUUGUUCCUGAAGUUCAAUGAUGACAAGGACAUAGAAAUGACGAUGCGUGUACCAAACUACUUGUCUGAGCCGAACAGUGAAAGCGAAGAGCUUUUCGAAGUGCAAAAUCUAGCAGCAUCAGUCAUAGCUCUUAGAAGAGCAAUACGACAAGAUGUGCUGCUUCGACCUCUUGGCACAGCAUCAAAUAAAAAGGGAAAUAAGCGUGAAAAAAAUGAAGUGUGGAAGGCCGUUUACAACAGUCAAAAGAAACAUUGGGAAGCUUCGCUUUUGUCAGUUCGGUCACCUGCCGCACUAAUGCUCCACUUGAUUCAUCUCGAAGAAUGCAUCAACUGGUCUCAAAGUAUUGAGAAUAUUCGAUGCCAGAAAUGCAAAAAGAAGUCUGAUGGAGAAAAUAUGAUUAUCUGCGAUGGAUGCGAGACACCAUUCCACACUUACUGCCACAAACCGAAAAUAAGAAAAAUUCCAAGCGGUGACUGGUACUGCAAGCAAUGCAAAGCGGAGCAAGAAAAACAGCAAUCACCUAAGAAGAGUAGACGAUCGACAAACAUAUUUGAAAUCGACGAAGACUUGGAGCUCCGUCCACGAAAAAGAAACAAAGUAGAUUACAAGGAACUCCCCUAG